GUAGCUGUGCGAGGUAGGUUAUGGUGAAUAUCAUUUGUGGCAUUGUUCGCAAGCGUCCAAUCCUCCAAGAAUUGAUGAGCUCUGACAACCACUUGAGCGACGACCAUCUUGUGACAUCAUAAAACCCCUUCUUCUUUUUUUCAAGUCAUAAAAUCCCUUUUAUAGAUACGUAUAGAAUUGAUGAUAUUUGACCCCAUCUUAAUGUUUUUGAUAAACCCCAUUCUAAAUUUUAUGCUAGCUUUUCUUUCAAAAAAAAAAAAAAAAAACUUAUGCUAGCUUUGUCACUGAUCUCAAUAUCGCACCAACUAUAUAUAUAAAGGACCCAACAAAAACACAAACACACUCGCUAUAAUUUUUCGAUAGAUAGGGGAUGGGAACCACAAACAAAGAAACUAAACCUCUUCUUGACAUGAAGGUGACAAUCCACAAAACUUCAAUGAUUUUUCCAUCAAAACAAACCGAGAACAAAUCCAUGUUCUUAUCAAAUAUAGACAAGGUACUCAAUUUCUACGUAAAAACGGUUCAUUUCUUCGAAGCAAACAAAGAUUUUCCUCCUCAAAUAGUGACCGAGAAGUUAAAGAAAGCUUUAGAAGAUGCUCUAGUAGCUUAUGACUUCCUUGCUGGAAGAUUAAAGAUGAACACUGAAACCAACAGGUUGGAGAUAGAUUGCAAUGCAGAAGGUGUUGGCUUUGUUGUGGCUUCAAGUGAAUACAAAUUGAAUCAAAUUGGAGACUUGGCUUAUCCUAAUCAAGCUUUUGCACAAUUUGUUCACAAUGCAAAAGAUUUUCUUAAGAUAGGUGAUCUACCACUAUGUGUUGUCCAGCUAACAUCCUUCAAGUGUGGUGGUUUCGCUAUAGGCUUCACAACAAGCCAUGUAACCUUUGAUGGACUUAGCUUCAAAAAUUUCUUAGACAACCUUGCUUCAUUGGCUACCAACAUGAAACUGACUGCGACACCCUUCCAUGACAGACAACUCCUAGCUGCACGAUCUCCUCCACAUGUAAACUUCCCCCACCCUGAGAUGAUCAAGCUCGAUAAUCUACCUUUAGGCAUUAAAUCUGGUGUCUUUGAAGCAUCCUCAGAAGAAUUUGACUUCAUGGUUUUUCAACUGACAUAUGAAGACAUCAACAACCUUAAGGAAAAGGCAAAAGGUAAUAACACCUCUCGUGUCAUCAGUUUUAAUGUUGUCGCCGCACAUAUAUGGAGAUGUAAAGCAUUGUCUAAAUCAUAUGAUCCUAAUAGAUCAUCUAUUAUUUUAUAUGCGGUUGAUAUACGUUCAAGAUUGAAUCCUCCAUUGCCGAGAGCGUACACUGGGAAUGCAGUAUUAACAGCGUACGCUUCGGCAAAGUGUGAGGAAUUGAAGGAAGGUGAAUUUUCAAGGUUGGUGGAGAUGGUGGAAGAGGGUUCAAGAAGAAUGAGUGAUGAAUAUGCAAGAUCUAUUAUUGAUUGGGGAGAGUUGUAUAAUGGUUUUCCAAAUGGGGAUGUUUUGGUGUCUUCAUGGUGGAGGCUAGGGUUUGAAGAGGUGGAGUAUCCAUGGGGGAAGCCUAAGUAUUGUUGUCCUGUGGUUUAUCAUAGGAAGGAUAUUAUACUAUUAUUUCCUUCUUUUAAUGGAGGUGAAGGUGGUGGUGACGGAGUAAAUAUUAUAGUGGCUCUUCCUCGAGAUGAAAUGGAAAAAUUUAAGAGUUUAUUUUACACUUUUUUGAUUUAAUCUACAUUGAUAUAUGAAAUCUACAAGUCUAGUCUUCAUGACAUAAUAUAUGUGUGGAGAUCAAACAUAAUUGAGUUGUAAUAAUUAUUUAAAUAUCGAUGGGAUUCACGGCUUAAUUUGUAAUGGAUGGUUUUUUUU